AUGUCGACAGACGUGGUGGCUGAGGCCAGCGCCGCCGUGCGCGACAAUGGCGCCGUCACGGUAACCACAAAGUCCAAAACCGACCUCAUUCCCCGGCACGAAAAAGAGAGAAUGAAGCGCUUGCGCGAGGCCAAGAAGGCCUAUGGCCGUGGCAGGCAGAUCGAUACCAAAAACAUUCGCGACAAGAAGCUGCGCCGCAACAUGAAGCAGCUCGAAGGCAAAUACCACGAGGCGACCGUCAAGGCCAAGGAUGCCGAGAUCCUGCUCGAAAACACUUCUGGCUUUCUCGAGGCCGAAGGCGAGAUGGAAAAGACGUACAAGGUCCGCCAAGAAGAUAUCCUCUCCGAAGUAGCGAUGGAGACGGCGACCAAACGAUUCGAGCUCAAACUAGACGCCCUCGGCCCCUAUGUCUUUGACUACUCGAGAAACGGCGCAGAACUGCUCCUUGGUGGACGAAAGGGCCAUGUAGCGACCAUGGAUUGGCGUGAGGGCAAGCUCGGCUGCGAAAUUCAGCUCGGCGAAACUGUCCGUGAUGUCAAGUGGCUGCAUAAUAACCAAUUCUUCGCUGCCGCGCAGAAGAAAUACGUUUAUAUUUACGACCGCAAUGGAGUCGAACUGCAUUGCCUGCGCAAGCACAUCGAGCCUACGCAUAUGGAAUUCUUACCGUACCAUUUCCUUUUGGCCACUAUUGGAAAUGGCGGCGUUAUGCGAUACCAAGACACAUCUACCGGCCAGCUCGUAUCUGAGAUUCCGACCAAGCUAGGCCAGCCCGUCUCGCUGGGACAAAACCGUUACAAUGCGAUCAUGCACGUGGGACACCAGAAUGGCGCAGUCACAUUAUGGUCGCCCAACUCACAAGAGCCGCUGGUCAAGCUGCUAGCCCACCGCGGCCCAGUGCGCUCGCUGGCCAUGGACAGAGUCGGUCGUUACAUGGUAUCAACAGGACAGGAUCAGAGAAUGGCUGUGUGGGACAUACGCAUGUUCAAGGAAGUCAACAGCUACUUCACCAGACAACCGGCUUCGUCGGUAGCUAUAUCCGAUACAGGUCUCACAGCUGUCGGCUGGGGCACCAAGACGACGAUAUGGAAGGGCCUGUUUGACAGCAACGCCGCCGUCCAACAAAAAGUACAAAGCCCGUACAUGGCGUGGGGUGGUGAAGGUAGACGCGUUGAGCGCGUCCAAUGGUGCCCGUACGAAGAUGUGCUCGGCCUCGGCCACGACCAGGGCUUCUCUUCGAUCAUCGUCCCCGGCGCUGGUGAGGCCAACUUUGACGCCCUCGAGGCCAACCCGUUCGAGACCAAGAAGCAGCGCCAGGAGACCGAGGUCAAGGGUCUGCUCAACAAGCUGGCGCCCGAGAUGAUUGCCCUGGACCCCAACUUUGUCGGCCAGCUCGACCUGCGCUCGGAUGCCCAGCGCAAGGCCGACCGCGAUCUCGACGCCCCCGUGACGGACAUUGCCGAGGAGAUUCGCAACAGGGCCCGCGGCAAGAACGGCGCGCUCAGCAAGUACCUGAGAAAGCAGCGGAAGAAGAACAUCAUCGACGAGAAGAGGAUGAGAAUCGACGAGAUGUGGAACGAGCAGCAGAAGAAAAAGGACAAGAAGCGCCAGGAAGUGGAACAGGAUCUCGGUCCGGCUCUGGCUCGCUUUGCCCGCAGGGAAUAG